AUAUAUCUGUCGAUAUUGCUAAAAGCUUGCCAAUUGGAUAGCUACCAGUCACUGAGUAACUUUCAUUUCAAAUAUAUCUGCAGUUUGUCCUUCCCAAGCUUAGAAGUAUUUCAGUGUUAAAAGUACGGAAAAUUAUUUGAAAGAAUAAGAAAUGGAGCUAGAGUCGAUAGAUUUAGAAUUUUACCGUGUGCCAAAGUUUGCGUUACUCGUUCUCGGAUUUUGGCCCGAAACAAAACUAACUCCUAUUCGAAUUAUCCACGGAGUCAUCAAUCUAAUCAUUCUAUCAUGGGCAGUAAUAUCUGAAAUGUGUUCAGGAUUUAUGCUAAUUCAACAACCAAUUGUGGCGUUGGAUGCAAUUGCACCAUCACUUUCAAAAUUGGUAACAAUAUUAAAAUUGACUGUGAUGUGGACAUCGCGUAUUCGAUUUCGAAUUUUAGUUAACGAUGCUUAUGAUUUGUUACAAGUAGAUAACAGCGAAAAGAAACUCAAAAUACUUAAAAAGAUGAAGAAAUUUACAGCUGCCCUCGGCUUUAUUGUAUUCCUCUUAGGAAAUGCUACCAACGCGGCGUAUUUUUUUCGUCCUAUUGUGAAUAAUGCUUUGGAUUACUACAAUGGAAGAAAUGUUACAAGAGAAAUGCCGUUUAUUGCAUGGGUUCCUUUUCCGACAACCAAUAUUGUAGCUUACUGCCUUGGAUACAUGGUUAAUUCUUAUUUUGGAUUUAUAGCAGCAUUUGGAUUUGGUGGGGUUGAUGGUUUUUUUGUCCAGUCUUGUAUGUACUUGUCGACUUUAUUUCAAAUAUGUCGAGAAGAUGCAAAGUUGGCUUUUUUCGCUGGAACGUUCAAUGUAGCUUCUGUAGAGCAAAAUAUAAUUACUCGGAAGAAGCUAUCGGCAGCUAUUGAAAAACAUAACAAGAUUAUGGAUAUGUGCGAGGAAUUAGUGGAUUUAUUCACGCUCAUUAUAUUAGCACACUUUCUAUCUGCGGCCCUUGUUAUAUGCGUCACUGCUAUCGACUUUUUGAUGGCUUCAGGAUUUAAUAUUGUUGUCUACGUUGUGCAUAGCCUAAUGGUGAUUUUUGAAUUAUUCGUCUAUUGCAUUGGUGGAACUGGCGUUUUUGAAUCUAGUAUAGACGUUGCUAGAGCUGUUUACUUCCGUGAGUGGUAUAAGUAUGAUAUCAGCACUCAAAAAAUGAUCGGGCUGAUAAUGGUAAGAUCACAGAAAGGUACUAAUGUGCAAGUACCAUUCUUUGCACCGUCAAUACCGGUCUUCGGUACGAUGUUGGGAACAGCUAUGUCAUAUAUUACUCUUUUAAGAACUUUCUUGCAGAGGUAAAUCCUGAAAAAAUUGAUUGUAAACAUUUUACUUGAAUAAAACUAGAAUUGAAAAUAACUGGCUCAGAUCAGUUCAAAUUUGCACUAGAUAACAUUAUAUUAUUUGUGAGAUUUUCUGAAUUCUCUCGUCAUGCAAGUUAUGGAGUUUAAAUAAAACGACUUAAAAUUUAGAAUUCAA